AUGCCGACGCUCGACGUACCCGGCGCGACGCUCGAAUACACGACGACGGGCUCCGGCCCGCUGCACAUCAUCCUCGUCCCCGGCGCGCCGGGCAGCCAGAGCGUCUUCCGCUUCCUGGUGCCAUUCCUAUCGCGCAGCAUGACGGUGACGACGUACUCGCGGCGCGGGCUGUCGGGCAGCCUGCUGCGCGGCGCGCAGGACUACGCGCACCGCCUCGACACGGACGCGGACGACCUGGCCACCCUGCUGAAAGCCGUCGUCGUCCCGGGCGAUGGUGACACAACGGCGGCAGCGGCGGGUGCCUGCAUAUUCGGCACGAGCAGCGGCGCCAUCGUCUCGCUCCGCUUCCUCGAACGCCACCCGGACUACCCCAUCAGGAAAUGCGUCGCGCACGAGCCGCCGGCCAUCACGGUGCUGCCGCCAGAGGUCCUGGCGCAGCGGGAGCCGGAGCACCGCGCGCUGACGGGCCUGUAUCGCGACAAGGGCGCGCCGUACGCCGUCGAGACGUUCGCGUCGUUUUUUGCGGACGGGAAGGAUCGCGAGGCGCUGCCGGUGCUGCUGGAUCCGGCGGCGAGCGCGGACGCGAGGGCCGAUGUGAUGUAUUGGCUUGAAAGGGAGCCGCCGUACGUCUUCCAGAAGUGGGAUCUGGAGGCGCUGAAGAAGGCGGGAGAUAAGCUCGUGCUCUCGGUGGGCGAGAGUACGAAGGAUCAGCGGGCCGGAGAAGCCACGCUGGCUUUGAUGGAACGGCUGGGGAGAAGCGAAGAGACGCUGUUUGUCGCGCCGGGAGGACAUAUUCCAUACGUCACCGAACCUGAAGCAUUGGCUACCGCGCUUUCGAACCUCUUGAUCUGA